UCGAUCAAUAGCCUGAAGAGAAAGGCGAAUCUAGAUUCAGGCCUUAUCUCUUUCGCCCAGUCGUUUAUUCGUGUUUUGAAACCUGAACUGCUGUAUUGAUUGGGCUACGUGGCGUACUUUUCAUGUUAACCGCGAGUGUUGUCCGGCGCUUCAAUGCAGGGCAGUUUCAAGAUUCAACUUAUAAACAUGGGGACUCGGGCGGCGGCCUAGGUAUGAAACGGGGAGGUCCCAUUGCGUAGUCGCUUUUUGUGUGUAAUGCAGCCACAGGCGUGCGAUAUCAUGCAGUAUUUAUUGGAGCCGCUGAAUCAGAAAGUCACCGCGAAGAUCCGCAGCCUGUAUGACUGCCAGCUGCGGCUAAUGCACAACAUCCAGCCGCUGCCUUCCGGCGCGGACAUUGCUAACACCGUCAAGUACUUCUCGCAGACGCUUCUUAGCGUUUUGAAAGAUGUACCGCGUUCGCCAUUGGAAAUGAUUCGUGACGCCGACAAUGACGCGGACCGAAUGAUGCUGUACCCCAACUUGGACUACAAGGGGUUGUUCAACGCUAUCUCGCAGCUGGUUGAUGCUGCUCCACAUCUGCAGUAUGGGAUACAUCCUUUUGGCCAAGCAGUCCUGCAAUGUCUGGGUUGCCUCCUGCCGUUUUUAGAGUACGACAUGAUAGACAACCUUCCGUAUUUGGUUGCGUAUUGCGUGGCGGUAUUCCCCGUCACCCUACAUCAGGAGAUAUUGCAUCUGCUGUGCUAUUAUAUUCUGCCGUUUACUAUUUCUCGUAAAUACUCUGGUCAAGAAGAAGAGAGUCAGGCUUCACAGUCCGUCGCUGCUAUCGUCAUGAUGGUGUUCCAGCAUUCUAGCAACCCAGCCCAUCACUGCCAGCUCCUAGAAUGUCUUAUGUCUAUGAAGCAGACAGUAGUGAAAGACAUACUAUGCGUGAUCGCGUACGGCACUUGGGGCGCUAGAGUGUCGGCGGCGAAACUGCUCUUCUAUUACUGGCCUCCAUUCGACGCUAAACUGUUCGAUAGAAAGGGACUGCUCUGCAAGUUUUCCAACGACCUCGUGCCGUUCCUAUGCCAACGAGACAUGUGCCCCAACGCGGGCUCGGCCGAAGCUGCCAAAGUGUGCUACGACCACUGCAUCAGCGUUACCUUCGCUUCGGACAGCCCCCCACCUCUGUAUCUUUGUAUAGAGUGUGCCAACGAGAUUCAUAGAGAGCAUCCAAAUCAAAGGUUCUUCGACAUAUUACAUCCUCAGCAGCAAGUGUCUAUGGUUUGCGAGAACAAGAACUGUCGUUCUUCAGACAAGGCUGCGUAUUCAAUCUGUUUCUCCAAUGAGUGCGCCAGUUACAACGGAAACCAUCCUAUCAGAUACUGCCAGCAAUGUCACGGCAACCGGCACAACAGCCGGCGCGGCGGCGACCACGUGGUGCACACGCGCCUGCCGCUCGCCUGGCAGAUGGACAGCGACAUGCAGACCAACCUCGUCGAAGCUAUCAUCAGUCUCCUGAAAGAAGCCAAGCCGAUCAACAUGGAGGAUCCUGACAGUGCGUCGGAGCAGUUGAAGCCGCCGCUCACUGUCAACUUGCCAGACCCCAUCUCGGUUGAAGAUCGUCAACUAUUGGGCAGAUACGGCGUUUGGCUGAUGGUGGGUCUGUGCACGCCGAACCCCGACACUCCGGACGAAGUGCUCGGGCGGCUGCUCUCUGUGCUGUUCCAUUGGUUCCAUGUCACCUCCUUCUCUUAUACAGGAGAAACCGCCACGAUGGUGGAGAAGUUGAAAUGCGAGCACGUUUGCGGCUGGCUGCGAUCGAUCGCACAGUCGCACCGCAUGGUGCUCGUGUCGUGUCUGAUGCCGCACCCCCCGCAUUACACCAGACAGGCCGGUCACUGGGACAACUUGGCUUCCAAAGCGCAUCACCUCAAAGAUGGACUCAAUAGGUUAUACUGCUUGAUACCGUACGGUAUAAUAACCCAAUCCAUAUGGGACUAUAUCAUGCCGGCGUGGAUGGAAGCCAUCUGUACUGAUGUGCCGGAAAAAGAGCUGAUGGAGCUGAAAGUGCCGCUGGCGAAGAUUCUGGAGCCGGACGGCAGCAUGGUGGGCGUGGACGAGCGCCAGCUGUACAGGUUCGCGGCGCUGCAGGUGGCCGCCAGCCCGCGGCCCGCCGCCGUGCUGCCCGUGCUGCACUGGUUCCAGACUAUAUCAAUGUUGGAAGUGAAGAUCCCUCUGAACCAGCUGUUCGACUUGUUCAGCAACUGCGUCAUCAACCUGCCUGAGAAAGUUAUUAAACCGCCAACAGAUCCGACAAAGUCGAAGGAAAAAGACUCCCCAUCCUCCGAGAAAGAGACAGAAGAUGAAACGAAGCCGCAAAACCUGACAUGCUGUAUACUGAUGCUUGAUAUACUACUUAAACAGAUGGAGUUACAACAACGUCGGAUCAACAUUCAGACCGUGAGCAGUGAGGCGACGAAACUACUUCGGCUAAUGCUCAAAUCUAACCAAGUCAAUACUGUUGAACACGCUUGGUGCGCAGCAGAAGGUGCGUGUGGGUACUGUGAAGCUGCGGCGCUUUGGCAUCAGCUGUGUGUGUUGCUAGUACGAGCUAUCGUGCCUGACACCCACCGCGCUAAUAGAGAGCCUUCAUUGGACGACAUGUGGUCGGAAGCGCAGCCGAAGAAAAACCAGCCGGAGGAGGGCGCGCCGCCGGCCGCCGCCGACGCGCUGCUGGCGCUGGCGGGCGGCGCGGGCGCCGAGCGCGGCUCGCUGGGCGGCGUGCUCGUGCACAUGCCGCACUUUGUUCAUUUCAUGCAACUGUCACUUAUAAGCGACGUCGGGUCGGACGCUCGGUCGGACCCCACCCUGACCAAAUCGUCGGCCGACACGCAAAUAAUGACAGCCACAGUGGAAACUAUAACCGAGCAACUAGACAUGGCGGUGACGCUGCCUCCCGCCGACCAACCGCCGCUCGCCACAGCGCACACUGUCACGCUGACUGACACAGAUGUCGCCACUGCCACUGCUGAUGUUUCGACGCCAAAUCUGCUCGGCGACCACGAAGCGACCGCCGAAUCCGUAGAAGAAGACAUGACCAACUUCUGGCCGACAUCCGCGGGGAAAUUCCACUUCUGUAUAGACGAGUUGCCCCAAGAGUUGCAGUACAUACAUCAACUUCUUCAGGAGCUCAAGAGUACUUCCAGGCCAGACGUGCUGUACCACUUGCUCCAGUGUCUACAAGUGUUGGUGUUGAACGCGGACGCGUUGGCCGAACAUAGGGGCUUCCUCAUUUGGUGCCAGGAGAACCUGCUCAUCGACAACCUUUGGAACGUGUGUAAUGCAUCUCACUCUCACAUCUGCUCAGUUGCGGUACCAGUGUUGCUACACUGUGUCACAUUAGCAGGUGGAGCGGACGUGUUCUGCAAUUUGAUACGAGAUCAGUUCCAUCAUCACGAUCACCGCGUGAGAUUCACGGCAACGGAGCGAGUCAUUAUUAUUAUACGCUUCAUGGACGGGUCGCCAAUCAAAACCAGCCUACCUCUACAAACGGCGUUGGCCACCGCCUUCUGCUAUCUCAUAUCGAGCAUGGACGAUAUAAACGUGUACGUCGCCCAGCGAGCCACGCUGUACAUUGGCACUAUACACGACAACGCGAUCGAGUUACUUCUCUACUGCCUAGAAACCCAAUUCGACCUGGUCAUAGUGGACCGGCCAAUGGUACUGCAAUCGAUCUACCAACUGCACAACACACUCAGCGACCGCAAGAUUCUGACGUGGGACUUCUUCCUGAACAGAUUCGAAGCUCUGUUCUUGGAAGCGCAGAUCAAUUCUAAUAAAGCUAUAGAUUUUUCAAAUUUGAGAGGUAUCGAGACGAGUUCAGAAUGGUUCCUGUAUAAAGUGCGGCGCGCGCACGAGGCGCUCAGCGUUUCCGCUCGUGACGCCAACGUCAACACACUAAGUGCCUCGUUUGGCACAAAAUGGCCGUACAAGAGGACCAUUUCGGCCCCGGCCACUAUGCCGCCGCAUCCAGACACCAGACAUGAACGUGAAAAGGUGUACUCGCGCCAGUACUCGGCGCCUCUGCUGAAACGGAAAACCUCGCGCUUCGGCCUGGGGCAGCUGCUGACGACCACGCCGCAGUCUCUCGGGCCCACGCCCCGAUCUAAUAACACUCACGACGGCUUCCAUUCCCUAUCUGGACGGUCUACCGAAGACACCCUCACCACGGUGUUGCCGAAAGCGGUGGAUCUCGAGGAAGCUGAUCGAGAAACCACCAAUCUGCUUGUAUUUCUUCUCAUGCAGUUUUUGUCCAGAUCUGAUCAAGCACAUCCUACUGAAGACAAAGCGACUGCCAAAAGUCAAGAACUGGUCCUCAAGCAUUUGUUCCUCCUACUGGGUUACAACUGUGUGGAGAAGUACUUCCACAUAGCGCCUUAUACCCUCAGGCAAUCUUCAAUUUUCAACGCGUUCAUGGCGAAUUUGCCCCAAGUUUUGGACCAGAACCAUGUGAUGGGCGCUAGUAUUGCUGAACCCACGCUUGCACUCUUACAAUACUGCAGCGGGCCGCCUAGCGGGUCUGCGCACGCGCUGACGGCUGGCGCGCACUCGCUGGCGGCGCUGGAGCCGCACGUGCGCCGCCACUGGCUGGCCGCGCUGCUCGUGCUGCUCUACAAGUAUCACUACGGCAGUGGCACCAUCUGCAGUCAAGUUCAGACACUAGUCCGUAUUGUACUGAACACGGUGGAAGCACAAUAUCAUCAAUGUAAACGAAUACCGCCCAUGAUUGUUAUGCCGCAAGCCAGAGCCAGGGAUCUGUCGCAGCCGUCGCUGAAGGCGGAGCUGGAGGCGGGCGCGGGCGGCGGCAGCCCGCUGGCGGCCGAGCGCGCCCGCAAGCACGCGCUGCGCUCGCCCGCGCACAUGCACACGCACUGGGAGGAGCCCGCCGGCAACAAAUAUCAACAAUGGAGUUUAGAACAGGAGUCUUCAGAGAGCGAACUGAUCGCUAUACCGGAGACGAGCGACAAGUCUGACACCACAGUACACGGCAGUACUGCACCUGGUUCAUUCGACGAGCCGUCUCACUACGAAGAUCCCCCUAAAACGGAAAUGCCGGCUGCUACACCAUAUCCACCGCUGGGGAAAAUUGGUCCAACAGUCAGCUCCCGCUCAACUCAUCAGCUGUCAACAAGUUCUUCUGUCUCUGUUGGCAGCGAUUCGUCCAAUUUGAAAUCGACCCCCAUGAGCGGCCAGUCGGUGGAGAUCUGGCCGGAUCAGAUGCACGGGCCGACUUCGCCGCGCACCAAAAUACUGGGAAAACAGAAAAGGAUUGUUGUAGGCAACAGCACAUCCCCAGACACGGCCCCGUCGUCGAGCGGGUCGGGUCAGUUCUCGUCGUGGCCGCACAACAAGUCGCCGCCACAUUUACACGCAAAGAGCCCCGUGAAGGGCGUUACUCCAUCGGGCGUCGCAUACGCGUCUCCAGAAUCCCCGCUGUCCAAGAUGGAGGUGUGGUGGCCGGCGCCUGCGCACAAACACACGCACACCCCCCACCAAGCCUUCAACAUACCGCCCACCGAGAGAUUAUUGCCAAUCGGAACGAAACCGAACAAGGAACCGAACCCAGUAUUCAAUGCUCUCGUGGACAGAGUCCGAGAAGCACUUAAUUUACCUGCAGAUGACUCGACCGACAAACCGGAGUCGCCGCAGGAGCCGAAGAAAUUGUCUUCAGAAGGAAGCCGAUCCCGGGGCGCGUCCCCGCGGCGGCUGGCGCGGCAAGCGGCGCAGCAGGGCUCGCCGCCGCCCUCCGACCACGACGCGCCCCACCCCGAGCCCCAACCCGCGCCCCGCCCACAGAGCACGGAAAGCGCCUGCGAGGCUGGGUCGUGGUGGGAGAGCGUGUCGCGCAGCGGCCGGCGCGCCGCGCACGCCGCGCCGCUCGACGCGCCGCCCGCGCCCGACACCACGCUCUGCUACAGGUGUGCGGAAUGCGGUUGCGCAGUAGAACAAUGCAGCGACGAAGAACUAGGGUUGUGUGUGAUUGUGCUGGCCACGUUCAUACACCGCGAGCCCGCUGCCGCGGCCGGCAUGCUGCCCGCCUUGUUGCAGAGUGUCAGCAGAGUGGUACAACUGGGCCAGUACUCGUGGCAAGUGGACACCAACACGCGUCUCCCCGGCAGCGCGGUGUUCGUGGCGCAUCAGUUCCUGCGCUGCGUUCUCCACCAGCUCGCCAACAACAACGUGUUCCUGCAGAUAUUCCUGCAGAGAACACCAGAGAAACAACGGCAAAUGUUCUUCAAGAGUAUAGCCCAAGCGUUCGUGGACUUCAACGAACUGUAUCCGUGUGGGCCGCUGCAAUUGGUCGUUGAACAUUUGAACUCGAAGAAAACUCUGCCAAUCGAUCAAAUAACAGUGAUCGCUGGCAACAUAGCGAUGUACCUCGAAUGUCUUGCGCCCGAGGCUCUCGGGCCGAGCAGCGCUUGCGUCGCUUUGCUUCAACAGCUCGAAGCGCUGUUUCGUAGUACAGCCCUUCAGUUGCCACAAUUAGACGAUGUUCUUCCGCUGUUGAGAGUGGCCACAGCCGCUUUGAAGAUUCCGUGCGCAGCGCAACAUAAAAGCAUCCUCGAGCCGAUAUCGAAGAUCAUCAGUUACGGCAUUCAGAAUUUCGUGGUGAAAUUAUCGGUGAUAUCAGAACUGAGCAUGGCCUGCGUGCGGGUGUUCAGUCGCGACCGAGACAAGCUGCUGGUGUGCAGAGUGUUGGUGUACGAGCUGGUGCAAGCGCUGAGGACCAAGACCACGGUGCCCGACGACAACCUGUUUAUACUCAUACAAUUUGUGCUACAAGGUCAUGGUUGCACCCUCCUUUUGCCGCCGCAGUUAAGCGCAGGCGAGCUACUAGCAGCGCCACCUGGCGGGGAAGUGAGGGACUUGGGCAGUGGCGCCGUAGAUUGUAUGAGACCCCAUUUACCUGACAUGCUGGAUCUAUUGCAGGAUCCACACCUGUUGAAUAAGAUCAAAGGUUCCGUAUCGAAAUCCAUCGUGAACAGAAACCUCAUCUGCCUCAACGAAGACACUCUAGGCGCUAUAGUGAAAGGUGGCAUCGCACAAUACGUGGCUAUGGAGUUGGCGUUAGAACACAACAGAGGGAAACAGGAUCGCGGGCAAGCUGCUAGACAUAUGCCGUGGCUCACGAGCUCUAUACCCGGUUCCCGCGAGGUGUGCGAGUGCGUGUCGCGCGUGCGGCUGGUGUCGUGGCUGGUGAUGGGCGCGCUCUGCAACGCGCGCGGCCCGCUGCCGCUGCCGCAGCCCGUGCCGCAGGACGCCACGUGCCACAUCACCGACCACAUACAGACAAUAAUGUCCUCGUACGUUGAACAAAGCAAGCCGGGCCCGCAGCGCAUGAACGCGCUGUUCCACGCGUUCAUCCUGUGCCACCUGUGGACGCUGUACCUGGAGGAGAUCGCCAGCGCCGCCACCCCCAGCAGCGAGCCCCACAACACCACCGUGUGCAUCCUGCUGGACUUCUGGUGCAAACUGGUCCCUAGCAUUCUGCAGGUCACCGUCACUUCCAACAUUUUGGCCGAGACGGUGAAUCUACAUUUCCUGAGUUUGUUAGAGUCGCUGUUGGAAUGCAAUUCAACGGUGCUCAACAAACUAUUGCCGUUGUGGAUACCUAUUCUGCAUUCGCCUUUGUUUAACAUGCCUCGUCACGUGCAACAACGUUUGGACGCGUGUCGCGAGGUGAAGCCCGAGGCGGUGCGGAACUACGCGCAGCACGCGGCGGGCGGGGGCGCGGGGGCGGGCGCGGGGGCCGGGGGGGCGCUGGGCGGGGCGCGCGCCGCGCCCAGCGCCGGCGUCACCAGCGGCACGGCGGCGCGCGCGCACCGCCGGCUGCACCGCUUGCUGGCUAAAAUGGCGCAGCUGGAACUGCAGCCUCAUACCUUCUAUUUUAUAUAAGAAGGCAAACGGCGCAUGAGCGUGGCCUACCAGUAUUUUGAAGACUAUUGGCUCGGUUUACCCCGCAAAAGAUGUACACGUGAUUAUAUGUAUGUAAGGCCUAGAUCCAUGGUAUAAAGAAGAUUUUGAAUAAUAACGCCAUCUGUUGGAAAUAAAAGUUACGAAUUAGAUUGUUAAACGCCCUAGUCACUAGUGGUACUGCGUAUUGAGCACAUAAAAGACUACAUUUACUUUUAGCUAAGAUGGUUUAGUCAGAAUUGCAGUCUACCUUCUGUUUUAUCUAAAAGGUCUUAAAAUAAAAAUAUUGAAAGAAAGCGCCAUCUGUUAGCUAGUUUGUAAGUUAAAUCAAUUCUAAAGUGUGUAACAAUAGCGCCAUCUAUAAUAUAAACACAGUGAGAGUUACAACCUGACACAUUGUGUAGCACCCCAUUGCGAAGCUACGGCGCCCAAAAAACAACGUUUAGCUUAGAAGGUGCAGUUAAAAUUGCAGUCUCAUACUUUUCACUUUAUGUAAAAAUGUCUUAGAUCCAAAGCCGAAUAGGGUUCUUAAUCAAAUACGAGCACAGUAAGCAAAAAACUCAUGCCUCAGCGCUGCCCUUAUAGGAAUUUCUGGGCUAUUAUGCCAAAGUUGUAUUGGCUAAAGUGAUUCAAGAGGAAGAUUUAUAUGUAUAAAUACUACCCGAGCGAAACCGGGAUAGGUCCAUAGUAAAGAUAAAAAAAAAAUUGUGUGUAAUAACGCACACAUUUAAGAAAUUUUAUUUAAAGAUGGCCGAUACUGUACCUUUAGUAUAAAGGAAUACCUAAAAUAUGGUCUAACAUUGUAACGUAACUUACUAGUGUUCUAAAAUUAAAAAAUUAUUAAUAGUAAAUUAAAUGUGCCAAGAAUUUUUGAGAUAGGAAAAUAUAAUAAGUAGACAUUGUGAAAUUAACUGUUGUUGUAUAGUAUUUACAAAUUCAGUGUGAUAAAUUGCGA